CAGCUCGCCGAUGCAGUCCGGCCAGUCAGCCGACACCGGCGCGCCGCACACCACGUGUCGCCCGCCGCGCCCCUCACCCCCGCGCACCUCUGCUCGCAGUCGCGCGAGACUCGCCGCGACUUCCAGGACCAAUCAUUGUGAAACUUGAAUCAAAUCAGUGGCAGUGUUGUGGCGCGGAGCUGGACCUCAGUCCGACCUAAGUGCGGCUUGUGUGGAGUGUGUUGUGGAGCCGGUUCACCUCGUGAGCGAGGCCGACUGCCGGCGACUGUGUCUGUGUGGAUAAGUGCUUUCUAAACGAGUCCCGACAACACACCAGUGUGCCGGUGUGCCGCUGUGCACACUGUCCACACCAUUCUGGGAUUUGUUACAAAGUUUUUUUAAAGGGUCGCGGGCGAUGCGAAUGCCGCCACGAGUGAACGCGUGACCAGAGCUGCGCGCGCGCCGCGCUCCCCUUUUCGCGCCCACACACACUAUAUGAGUUUGUUAGCGCCGUGUGUAGCGCGAUGCGUGGCGUGCGCGCGUGGCUGGCGCUGGCGGCGGUGUGGGGUCUGGUGUGGCAGGUGUGCGGUGGGCCCGGCCCGCCCGCCGAACUUCAGUUUGCGCAUGCUCUCUACAACCUGAGUAUCCCCGAAAACAGCCCGCCCCGUACCUAUGCCGAGCAGCCGCCGGCUGCUGAGCCACUGGGCGUACGUCUGCCCGCACCCGACGCCCGCGUGCGCUUCCGCAUCCGACACGGCGAUAAGGACAAAUUUUUCAAGGCGGAAGAACGAACCGUUGGUGACUUCUGUUUCCUUUCGAUACGUACCCGAACUGGCCAUGCCGACGUACUGAACCGGGAGCGCCGUGACGCAUAUCGCUUGGAUGUGCGCGCCACUGCGCAGCUGCCGGGUGGCCGACAGCUCGAGGCCGACGCCGUGCUGGCUGUCAGUAUCGCAGACGAGAACGACCUGAGUCCUCUUUUCUAUCCCACUGAAUAUGAAGCCGUCGUCCCAGAGGAUGCGCCCCUACACUCCAGUAUUGCUCGCGUGUCAGCUGAAGAUGCCGACCUCGGGCUCAACGGUGAAAUAUAUUAUAGCCUCGAAGAACCUACCGAUCGCUUCGCCGUCCAUCCGACUACAGGUGUCAUUACCAUUACGCGUCCACUUUCAGCAGCUGAAAGUGCGCACCAUAAAUUUGCCGUGAUGGCACGUGACCGCGCCUCUCUACUAUCCCGAGGACAAGACGCCCCGGCCGCCCGGGCCACCGUGGCCGUUCGAGUCAAGCGAGUCAAUCUUCACGCACCCGAACUUCACGUGCGCCGCAUGCCUGAGGUGGUCGAGAACUCCACGGCCGAAAUUUAUGCUAUCAUAGAAGUGACAGACGAUGACGUUGGAGAACACGGUCGCAUAGCUAGCCUCGACAUAGUGGACGGUGAUCCAGACGGGCAUUUUCGCGUUCGACCAUCUACGCAGGCAGGCGAGUACGAUGUGCUCGUGCACGCGCUGCUGGACCGCGAGAGCGCACCCGCCGGGUAUAACCUCACACUGCGCGCCGUGGACGCUGGCCGGCCACCGCGCGCUUCAUACCUCACACUACCAGUUACUCUUGUUGAUGCUAACGACAACGCCCCCGUAUUCAGCAGAGAGGUGUACGAAGCGAGCAUUCCAGAGACCGUGCCACCUAACACUCCUGUCAUAAGGCUCAAAGUUAGCGAUCGCGAUGAAGGCAGAAAUGCGCGAGUUUAUAUAGAAGUAGUAGGUGGGAAUGAAGGUGAAGAAUUUUAUGUCAAUCCAGAGACUGGUGUAUUAUAUACGGCAGUGCGGUUAGAUGCCGAAGAAAAAGCACUUUAUAUACUAACAGUAUCUGCAAUUGAUCAAGGGAAUGCCGGCACAAGGAAGCAGUCUUCAGCUAAGGUCAAAAUAACAGUUCUUGAUUCUAACGACAACGACCCGGUAUUUGAAAGGGAAGUAACUGAAGUCAUGGUCCAAGAGAACGGUCCCAGCGGCGCCGUAGUAGCGCGUGUCGUGGCUCGGGAUGCCGAUUCAGGAGAUAACGCCUAUAUUUCUUACAGCAUAGCAAAUCUGCAACCAGUACCAUUUGAUGUAGACCAUUUCUCAGGAGCUGUCCGGACGACUCGACUUUUAGACUACGAAAGUAUGCGACGCGAGCACACGCUGCGCAUACGAGCCAGUGAUUGGGGAGUUCCGUAUCGCCGGCAAGCCGAAAUGCGGCUCGUUGUGCGGCUGGAGGACGUCAAUGACAACAGACCUCAAUUUGAGCGUGUAGACUGCGUAGGCUAUUUACCUCGAAGACUUGCUAUUGGUUCGGAAAUUGUGACACUAUCAGCGAUCGAUUUCGAUGCCGGAGAUGUUGUUUCAUACCGAAUAAUCGGAGGUAACGAGGACAAUUGCUUUGCGCUAGACGCAGGCACAGGGGUGCUAAGUCUUUCUUGUGAUCUGGGUGACAUCCGCGCUGACUCGAGAGUGUUGAACGUGACGGCGACGGACGGCACGCACUUUGCCGACGCCACUUCUAUGACACUGCACCUGGUGAGCAGCAGCGGCAGUGCGGGAGAGACCGGCGCUCUGGAGUGCCGUGACUCUGGAGUAGCUCGCCGCCUCACCGAGCUGCUGGCGGCAGCGGAGCGUAGUAACGCGCCACUUGACCUAGCUGAUGAAUUCUCACUGGCACCCUCUCGCUACGGCGAAAACCUACAUGCUCCUGAAUUUCUCGACUUCCCUGUUGAAGUAAAAGUAAACGAGUCCGUUGCACUUGGAACAUCACUUGUUAAAUUGAGGGCGCGCGACCGCGAUCUCGGUUACAACGGAUUACUAGUGUAUGGUAUAUCUGGUGGCGACGCCGACUCUGCCUUCCGUAUCGACCCGGACACGGGAGAACUCCAGGUAAUCGGUUACCUAGAUCGCGAACGAGAAAGUGAAUAUUACUUGAAUAUCACAGUAUACGAUUUGGGCACUCCGCAACACUCCGCUUCUCGUCUACUUCCAGUGACCGUCCUAGACGUGAACGACAAUCGACCUCGUUUCGAAAAGACGCUUGCGAGCUUCAGAGUAACUGAAAAUGCACUCAAUGGUACGGCAAUAUUCCGUGCAAACGCCACUGACCGGGAUGCAGGCGAUUUUGCACGCAUCACUUACAGCUUGAGCGGCGCCGGAGACGGCGACUUCUGUGUGGACCGCGACAGCGGAGUGUUGUCCGUGUGCGCGGCGCUGGACCGCGAGAGGCGCGCCCUGUACGAGCUGACCGUGCGGGCCACGGACGGCGGCGGCCUGCAGGCCGAGGCUAUGGUGCGCGUGGCCGUGGACGAUGUCAACGACAAUGCGCCGCGGUUCGCGCUCAGCACGUACAGCGCACGCGUGCGAGAGGACGUGCCGCGGGCCACUUUGGUGGCCGUGGUCGAGGCCUUCGACCCCGAUCUCGGCGCAGGUGGACUCGUCACUUACUCGCUGCCAGACCAACCGUCUGACGAUAUAGUAUUCACUAUCGACCCGACCUCGGGCACCCUUCGCACUGCGAAACUUUUGGACUUCGAAGAGAGGCAGGUGUAUGGCGUAACGGUGCGUGCCACAGACGGCGGUCAGCCAGCGUUGUGGUCUGAAGCUACGGUCAUUGUAGAGGUGGUGGACGUAGACGAGAACAUGCACGCGCCCGUGUUCAGCGACCACGCCGUGCUCACGGGCUCCGUGCGAGAGGACAGCGAGCGCGGCACCGUGGUGCUGACUGCUGCAGCCACUGACGCCGAUGCCGCCGGCCGCGACUCACGCCUCGCCUACUAUGUUGUCGCUGGCUCCGGCAUGGCUCACUUUUCUGUUGACGAUGCAGGUAUCAUUCGCACUCUGACUCCCUUAGACCGGGAGUCGACUCCACACUACUGGCUGACGCUGUGCGCCCAGGACCACGGGCUGGUGCCGCGCCACUCGUGCGUGCAGGUGUUCAUCGAGGUGGAGGACGUGAACGACAUGGCGCCGUGGCCGGAGCGCGCGUGGUACGCGGCCGCCGUGCCCGAGCAGUGCGCGGCGGGCACGCGCGUCGUGCGGGUGCGCGCGCAUGACGCCGACGCCGCGCCCGCGCCCGCUAACAUCACCUACUCCAUCGUGGCCGGCAAUCCCGACGGUCUCUUCUCCAUCGACGAACAGACUGGCGAGAUAGUAACGACGGGCCGAGCCUUGGACCGCGAGGCGGCGGCGAGCCACGCGCUGGAGGUGCAGGCGUCGGACGGGCAGCUGGCCUCCACCGCGCGGGUCACCGUGCGCCUGCUCGACGUCAACGACCACGCGCCCGUGUUCGCGCAGCGCUUCUACGACAUCCGUGUGCCGGCACCGCUGGCACCGCUCUCCCUGCCGCAGGGAGAUGCUGCGAUCGAUGCUGCUGCUCUACCCGUCGCCGACGAUAGCAGCACCGAAUGGGAAACCGACGAUGACGAAGAGGGCUCGGGCGUGCGGGCGACCUGGGACCUGUACGACGAGCUGGCGCCGGCGGGCCUCUACAUCGCCACGGUGGUGGCUUUCGACUCGGACGAGGGCGCCAACGGCACGGUGCGGUACUGGGCACGCGCUCGAGGCUCAGCGCGCGGGCUGCUGCGCGUGCAGGCCAGCUCGGGCCGCCUGUUCCUGGCGCCGCGGCUAGCGCUGGCGCCCGGCGACGCCUACGACGUGACGCUGCGCGCGUGUGACGCCGGCCCUCGCCCGCGCUGCAGUGUGGCGCGGGCCGCCCUGCGGGGAGUUCCCAGGGGCGGGGGCGCCCCGCCCGCCCUACCGGCGCCGCCGCCGCUGCAGGUGGCAGAGCUAGAUGCGCCCGGCUUCCUGCUGGCCGUGCUGCAGGCCACUGACCCAGACAACGAUGCACUCUAUUACACUAUUACAGACGGUGACCCACGGCAGGAGUUUUACAUCGGUAGGGAAGACGGCAGCCUAGUCCUGGCGCGACGCUUGCUGUGGGAGCGCCAGGCGCAGUACACGCUCAACGUGUCCGUCACCGACGGCUUGCACGUCGUGUACACCCCGGUCAACAUCACGGUCAUCAACGACGCCAACGAGGGCGGUGUGGCAUUCUCACAAGAAGAGUAUGUGGUGGAGACUUCAGAGGCGACCCGCGUAGGCGAGGCGCUGGCAGCCCUGCGAGCGCACGCGGCUAGCGGCGCCCCGGCCGGGCCCGCCGCCCCCGGGCCCGCUGCCCCCGGGCCUACUGCGCGUCUGCUGUACGGCUUGCACGCGGCACGCGCGCCCUCGUCCGCGCGUCUUUUUCGCCUGCACGAGCUCAGCGGAGUGCUGGAGCUCGCGCACCCACUGGAUAGAGAGAGCGCGGCGACGCAUGAACUAACAGUGUGGGCGCGAGACCAGGCGCCACGUGCUUCGCGAGCCUACGCGCGCGUUACGGUGCGCGUGCACGAUGCAGACGAGCACGCGCCCGCGUGGGGCCGGCGCCUGGCCGAGGCUCGCCUGGCGCGCUCGGCGCCGGCGGGCGCGCUGGUGGCCGCGCUGCGCGCCGCCGACCCGGACGCGGGCGAGGCUGCGCGCGUGCUGUACUCGCUGGCGGGCGGCGACGCUGCCGGCCUGUUCACUGUGGACGCGGCGCUGGGCGACGUGCGCCUGGCGCGCGCGCUGCCCGCUGCCGGCCCGCGCGACUACACGCUGCACGUGCGCGCUGCCAACCCGCCGCCCGGCGCGCGCUCCUCCACGCUGCCGCUGCACGUGCUGGUGGUGGAGCCGGACGACGCGCCGCCGCGCUUUGCGGCCGCGGAGCUCGUGUGCGAGGUGUACGAGAACGAGCCUCCCGGCGCCUCGCUCGCCACGCUCGAGGUGCGCAGUGCCAGCGCAGUCUGGUUCUCACUGGAGGGUGGCGAUGGCUUGUUCCGGCUAAAUCCCGCCGCUGGUUUGCUUACCACCGCAGCACCCCUGGACUACGAGACGCAAAACUUCUAUAAUCUCUCGGUCACCGCGAUCAAUAUGGGCGGUGGCGCGGCCAGCGCGCGCGUGGCUGUGCACGUGCUGGACCGCAACGAGUUCCCGCCCAGCCUGCAGCGGCGCGCGUACCGCGGGCGCGUGUCGGAGGCGGCGGCCCGCGGCGCGCUGGUGGCGGACGCGGCGGCGGCCGAGGCGGGCGCGCCGCUCGUGCUGCUCACGGACGACGCGGACUCGCCCGCCAACCGCCAGCGCGCCUACGAGAUCCUACAGCCUGCCGCCGCCGCGCUGUUCCGCGUUGACCCCACCACCGGCGCGCUGCACCUACUGGCGCCGCUGGACUACGAACGCGCCUCCCACCACGAGUUCAGCGUCAGGGUGAUCGACAUGGGGACUCCGAGACUGCCAUCGGGAAGCGUCGCGACCGUCGUCGUGGAAGUGACCGACGUGAACGACUGCCCACCGACAUUCUCGCAAACCACAUACGAAGCCACGGUGUUACUGCCGACGUCGCAAGGUGUAACGGUGGUGACGCUGGCCGCCAGCGACCCGGACUUGCCGGCGGGCGCGGCCAUCAAGUACGAUAUCAUCGAAGGUGAUGCGGACGGCGCCUUCGAGCUCCGCGCGACCGGAGUGCUGGCCGUGGCGCGACCCGAGCUCCUGGCCGACACCUACCGCCUGCGCGUGCGAGCUUCCGAUGGGCUGUACUCUAGCACCGCUCGCGUCGAAAUUCGUGUUCGCGAAGCUGACAAUUCAGGCCUCGCCUUCCAGAAGGCCGACUACUACGGCUCGGUCGUUGAGAAUUCGACCAAACCUACAACCAUCGCUGUACUGAAUGUGCUCGGAGCGGCUCUCAAUGAGCAUAUAGAAUUUCAGAUUUUGAACCCUGUUGAAGGAUUUGAGGUGGGUCGCACGUCGGGCGCGGUACGUAGCACAGGCGUGGCGCUGGACCGCGAGCUGCGCGACUCCUACACGUUGCUGCUGCAGGCGCGCAGUGCGGGGCCCGAGCCGCGCGUGGCCCGCGCUCGGCUGCACGUGACCGUCACCGACGUCAACGACAACUGCCCCGUGUUCGUGGAGCGGCCCUACGCCGCCGCCGUGCUGGCUGGCGCGGAGCCCGGCGCGCCCGUGCUGCGCGUGCGCGCCCUGGACCUGGACGCCAACGACAACGGCGAGGUGCGCUACGAGAUGAAGCGCGGCCACGGCGAGCUGUUCCGCGUGGACCGGCGCAGCGGCCAGAUCACGCUCAAGCAGACCGUGGACGCGCACAACCAGCUGUACUCGCUGGUGAUCGCGGCCUUCGACGGCGGCGUGCCGGCGUGCGGCGCGGAGGCGAGCGUGACGGUGCGCGUGUGGGCGGGCGGCGCGGCGCCGGCCUGGCCGCGCGCGCACCUGCAGCUGGCCGCGCGCGAGGACACGCCGCCCGGCGACCCGCUGGCGCCGCCGCUGCUGGCCACCUCGCCGCUCAACCGCCAGCUCAUCUACACGCUGCUCGACGACGCCGCCGGCCUCUUCGAGGUCCAUUUCGACACAGCACCCGACAGAGGCAAUAGUCCAUGUGUGCUGGUGGCGCGCGCCGCUCUGGACUACGAGACAGCGCGCGAGCACUCGCUCGUGCUGCGCGCUACCGACGGCGUCACCGGGGCCUUCGCCGACGCCGCGCUCACCCUGCGCGUGCUCGACGUCAACGACUGCGCGCCCGAGUUCCCGCAGGACGUGUAUCGCGCGCCCGUGUCCGAGGCAGCCGCGCCCGGCGACCUCGUGCUCACGCUGCGCGCCGCCGACAACGACACCGGUGAAAAUGGACAAAUCACAUACUCGCUUACGGAGAUGGACUCGGCCGCCGAGGGAGCUUUCGCCGUGGAACCUACGACGGGCGCAGUGAGAGUGGCCGCUGCGCUCGACCGGGAGACUCGCGCUCACUACCAUCUACUGGUGACGGCCACGGACGCCGGCCGGCCGCCGCUGCUUACCACGGCACAUCUGUUCAUCACCGUGGAGGACGUGAACGACAGCCCGCCGCGCAUGGAGCGGGGCGUGGUGCCGGCGCUGGUGUCGGGCGAGGCGGCGCGCGGCACGCUGCUGGCGCGCGUGGCGGCCUGGGACCCGGACGAGAGGGACGCCACGCGCCUGCGCUACGCGCUGGAGGCGGCGGCGCCCUCGCGCGCCUUCACCGUGAACCCGCGCACCGGGGUGCUGGCGCUGGCCAGCCCGCGCGCCUGGCUGGCGGCCGGCGGCGCGGCGCUGCGCUCUCUCAACGUGUCCGUGUCGGACGGCGCGCACGCCGCCUUUGCGCGUGUAAAGCUGUCGCUGGCGCCCGCGAAUCGCGCGCCGCCGCACUUCCCGCACCUUGUGCACGAGGCGCGCGCGCUCGAAAACCAGCCGCCGCCCCUGCUACUCACCACGGUGAAGGCGUACGACGAAGACGCCGGUGAAUAUGGAACAGUAACUUACUCUAUUCCGUCGGCGCGACUGCGCGAGACGUUCGCGAUCGACGCGACGAGCGGCGCGCUGAGCACGCGCGUGGCGCUGGACCGCGAGGCGCGCGCCGACUGGGAGGUGCCCGUGACAGCCAGCGACGGCGGCGGCCUGCUGCGCCACACCGUGGUGCGCGUGCGCGUGGCCGACCUCAACGACAACGCGCCCGUGUUCCCGCUGCGCGAGUACCGCGCCGCCGUGCGCUGCGACCGCGCGCCGCACCUGCCCUUCUUGACGCUGGCGGCGCACGACCCCGACGCGGGCGAGCACGCGCGCCUCACCUACUCCGUGUACGAGGGCGACGUGCACUCGGACGCGGCGGGCCUGUUCGCCGUGGACCCGCGCUCCGGAGCGCUCUCCUUCGCGCGCGACGCCACGCCCUUCGCUUCGCGCAGCGUGCAGGUGUGGGUGCGCGCGCGCGACGGCGGCGGGCUGGCGGGCGAGGCGCCCGUGGCCGUGUUCGUGCUGGGCGCGCGGGACGAGGCGCCGCGCCUGGCCGCGCCGCCCGCCGACCUGUUCCUGCGCGAGGACGCGGCGCCGGGCACGCUGGUGGCCGAGCUGCGCGCGCCCGACGCGCCCGCGCCCGCGCACUUCCGCCUGGCGCCCGCGCUCUGGCCGCGCGACCUGUUCGCCGUGGACGACGCCGGCCGCCUCGUGCUCGCCGGACAACUCGACCGCGAGACGGCGACCGAACAUUUGAUAGGAAUCAUCGCAGAGGGCAGCGGUAGCCCGGCUCCGGCGACAAUGGUGCAAACACGUCUGCACGUACUGGACGUUAACGAACAUGCGCCGUCCUUCCAUUCGCAACCGUACGUAGUGUACGUCGCCGAGAACACUCCUCCGCACACCAGCCUCGUUCAACUGAUGGCUGACGAUCCGGACGCGGGGACCAAUGGUGAAGUGCGAUACUCGCUGGCGACGGAGAGCGGCGAGGGCGAGGUCGCGGACGGCGGGCUGUUCGCCGUGGACCCGUACACCGGCUGGGUGAGCACGCUGGCGCCGCUGGACCGCGAGGCGCGCGCCGAGCACCACCUGGCGCUGGCGGCGGCCGACGGCGGCGCGCCGCGGAGGCUGGCGCGCGGGACGCUGGUCGUGCGCCUCGUGGACUACAACGACUGCCCGCCCGAGUUCCGGCAGCGCGAGUACGCGGCCGAGGUGCGCGAGGACGCGGCGGCGGGCACGGUGGCGGCGCGCCUGGAGCUGCGCGACGCGGACGCGGCCGCCGCGCCGCUCUCCUUCUUCGUGGCGGACGGCGACCCGCGCGCGCGCUUCCAGCUGCGCGCCUCGGGCGAGCUGUACGUGGCGCGCGCGCUGGACCGCGAGACCGAGCCCGCCUACGACCUCACCGUGGCCGCCACCGACGGCAAGUUCACGGCGCAGGCGCGCGUCCGCAUCAGAGUGCUCGAUGUCAACGACAACCCGCCCUACUGCCUGCGGCACCGCUACGUGGCGCGGCUGCCGGAGGACGCGGCCAACGGCACGCACGUCAUGACGCUGGAGACCGGCGACGCGGACGAGCCGCAGGACGCGCGCCUGCGCUACUACCUCAGCGGGGACGCCGCGCACCACUUCAGCAUCCACAAGGAGACGGGCGCCGUGAGCGUGGCGGCGCCGCUGGACCGCGAGGCGCGCGCCGCCUACCGCCUGCGCGCGCACGCGCAGGACCGCGAGCGCCACGACUGGGAGUGCAGCUCCGAGCUGCGCGUGUGGCUGCUGGACGUCAACGACAACGCGCCGCGCUUCUCCGCCGACACCUACAGCGUCACGCUGCCCGAGGACGCCGACAUCGGCACGCUCGUCGCUAAGGUCCACGCGACGGACGCUGACCUCGGGGAGAACCGGCUCGUGCGAUACUCGUUCGUGGAGGAGCCGAGCGGCGCGUUCUCGCUGGCACCCGAGUCCGGCAUCAUCACGCUGCGCGGCGCGCUGGACCGCGAGACGCAGGCGGAGCACCGCCUCGUGCUGCGCGCCGCCGACGCCGGCCAGCCGCCGCGCUCCGCCACCGCCACGCUGCGCCUCACCGUGGCCGACGUCAACGACAACCCGCCCGAGUUCGAGUUCCACCGCUACCGCGCCGCCGUGCCCGAGCUGCACGCGCCCGGCACGCAGGUGCUGCGCGUGCGCGCCACCUCCCGCGACGCCGGCGUCAACGCCGACGUCUACUACUCGCUCGUGGGCGGCGACGACAAGGACGACUUCGCCGUCGACCGCGCCUCGGGCGUGCUGACCAUCGCUCGCCCGCUGGACUACGAGCGCCGCAAGGAGUACCUACUGACCGUGCAAGCCAUCGACGGUGGCACGCCGCCGCUCAGCGACCUGGCUACCGUGAACGUCAGCGUGUCGGACGGCAACGACAAUGCGCCGCUGUUCUCGCAGGCGUCGUACGGAGCCCGCGUGCGCGAGGACGCGGCGCUAGGCGUGCGCGUGCUGCAGGUGCUGGCGGACGACGCCGACUCGGGCGCUAACGGCCGCGUGACAUACUCCAUCGCGCGCGGCGACCGUGACUCCCGCUUCGCCAUCGACCCCGACACCGGCUACGUGUCGGUGGCCGCGCCGCUGGACCGCGAGACCGCGCCCGCCUACGUGCUAGAGGUGCAUGCCAGGGAUCAUGGCCUGCCGGUACUCGAGGCUACCGCUCUUGUUAACAUUGAGGUGGUCGAUGCCAAUGAUAACCCUCCUCUCUUCGCCCAAUCCAAUUACACAGCGGUUGUCCAGGAAGAUAGACCGCUAGGACAUACGAUUUUGAAAUUUGUCGUGGAAGACGCCGAUGCUCCUCCGAAUGCCGCACCUUACACUUUUGAUUUUCAAUCCGGCAAUGAGAUGGGCGCCUUUCGACUGGAACAGGAUGGAUAUUUACGGUCGGCGACUCGCUUUAAUCAUCGUAUUAAAGACCGUUAUAUCUUGCAAGUGCGUGUAUUUGAUAACGGAACACCACCGCUUUACUCAGACACGUGGGUUUACAUAAAAGUAAUAGAAGAAUCCCAAUACCCUCCAGUGGUGACCCCGCUAGAAGUAGUUGUCAAUUCGUAUCUAGAUGAAUUUCCUGGAGGUGUCAUAGGUCGCGUAUAUGCAUCCGAUCGUGACGCGUACGAUACUCUAACUUACGCCAUCGCACCUGUCGAUGGGGCUCCUUACCCUCCCACAGACUUGUUCGAAAUCGACUCAUCCGAUGGUACACUAAAAGCUGCACCUCGCCUCGACGUCGGCGACUAUCGACUUAACGUGACAGUCGACGAUAGCAAAUUUGUCGGCUUCGCAAUAGUGAAAGUGACAGUUAUUUUAGUGUCAGAUGAAAUGCUCGCACAAUCAAUCGUAGUGCGGUUUCGAGAAGUUACCGAUCGAGACUUUGUCCUGAGCCAUCGAAAGGGAUUUGUCAGAGCCAUCGCCGAAGCUACAGAUUGCGAACCCAGCGACGUCAUUGUAGUCAGCGUACAACCCUAUGGGGAGCAAGACGAAACAGGUGAGUUAGCGCGCUCACGCCGCCAGGUGGCGCAGGACUUGGAUGUGGCUUUCGCGGUGCGAGUGGCGGGCGGCUUCCUGCCGGCCGACGCGCUGCGCCGCCGUCUGCACGCGCACCUGGAGCGGCUGGAGGAGCGCGCGCGCCUCGUGGUGGAGGAGCUGGUGCGCGCGGCCUGCGGCGGCUGCGUGCAUGGCGCCUGCGCCGAGCGCGUGGCGCUGCGCCCCGCCGCCGCGCGCGCCGUGGCCAGCGAGGUGUUCGCGCUCGUGGCGCCACCGCACCGCCUGCGCGGCGACUGCGCCUGCGCGCCCGGCUACGGCGGCGAGCGCUGCGAGCGCGCGCUCACCGACUGCGCCGAGUGCCGCGCGCCGCCCGUGGCGCAGCUGGCGGGCGACGGCUACCUGCUGUACCGCCUGGAGCGCGGCGUGGUGGAGGGCGCUCGUCUGCUGGACGACGAGCUCACGCUGUCGCUGCGCUUCCGCACGCGCCGCGAGCGCGGCACGCUGCUGCAGGCCGCCGGGCGCGUGGACUACGCUACGCUGGAGGUGGCGGAGGGCUACCUGCAGUUCCGCAUGGAGCUAGGCGCAGGCCCGGCGCAGGUGCGCGCGGCGGUGCCCGUGGCGGACGGCUUGUGGCACGAGGCGCGCCUGGAGCGGCGCGGCGCCAGCAUGCGGCUCACCGUGGACCGGCGCAGCGCGCAGGCGCAGACGCCGCCGCCCGCCGCCGUGCUGGACGUGCGCGCCGACCGCCUGCUGCUCGGAGCCGCGCUGCAACGACAUGCUCACGCUUUUGCUGCAGAACAGGUGACAUACGGCUUCCACGGCUGCAUAUCGGAGGUGAAAUUAGGUGGCGCCGUUUUACCUUUGGAAGAAGGUGGCACGUCGAGCGAUGGGCGCGCUCAACUAGUAAGGCGGGUACGCGUUCGAGUGGCGAGCUCGUGCCCGGCAUUGCCACCGCCCACGCCUUGCGCGUCAUACCCCUGUCUCAACGGAGGUUCGUGUCGCGAUGUGGCAGAUUUGCUAGAGGGCGACGCGGAAGGCACGAGCGAGGCCGACGAGGGCUAUACAUGCUCGUGCCACGCGCGCUUCUCGGGGAGGCGCUGCGAGGUGGACAGCGACCCGUGCGCGUCGCAGCCCUGCCUGCACGGCGGCUCGUGCUCGGCCGACGCGCGCGGCUACCGCUGCGCCUGCGCGGCCGGCCUGCAGGGCGAGCGCUGCGAGCGCGGCCGCUGGUGCGCCGCCGACGUGUGCGCGCACGGCGGCGCCUGCGAGGAGGGCGAGUGGGGGCCCUCGUGUCGCUGCCGCGGCUACUACGGCCCGCGCUGCCAGUACGACGUCGACGAGUGCGCCGGAGAACCGUGCCUCAACGGGGCCACUUGUGUCAACGAACCCGGCUCAUUCCGCUGCCUCUGUCCUCCGGAUAAAACCGGCAUGAACUGCGGCAAUCCGCUGUACUCAGACGCAGUAGUGGCUGGCGGCGCGGGAGACUCGACCGCGCGGGCGCUGCGCUCGGCGUGGCGCUGGGCGUGCGAGGCGCGCUGGCCGCUGGCUGGCGCCGGCGCGGCGCUGGCAUUGCUGCUGCUGCUGGCCGCCGCCUUGCCGCUAGUGCUGCGCCGCCGCCGGGCAGCGCGGGCUAAGCCUAAAGACGAUGAGCCUCUCAACAGCCACGCGCUUGACAAACUGGCACCACGUGCUUCAAAACUCUCUAACUUGGAAGCCGUGCGUCGCGAACGGCCCGCUUCCUGUGCCGAUCCUCAUCCGCUCAACAACGUCGACACGCUGCGCAGUUACGGCUCCGCCGGUGACGAACUCGAAGGGAUACCGCCCGACUACCGCCGCAACUUGAACAUAGACGUCGUCGAUCGCAAACCCUGGUCUGAGCAAAUGCACCUACAUACGUUUGUAGACAAUAAAAUAUAUAACGACCUCAAGGGCUGCAAGAGCCGAAUCCGAGCUCGGUCCCCGGGCUGCGCGCGGCGCACGGGGCUGGCGGCGGGCGGCGUGGAGCCGCACCUGGUGGGCGGCUACCACUGGGACUGCUCCGACUGGUGCGGCGGCGGCGGCGCGCUGCCCGGCAUCAGCGAGGUGGCGGGCUCGGAGCGGCCCGAUUCGUCCUCAGCGGCGUCGCCCGGCGCCUCGCCCGCGCCGCGCCGCCGCCCCGCCCGCGCGCCGCGCCGCGCGCUGCCGCUCGACACGGACUCCGCGCCCGACGACGCCGACGCGCCGCGCCUCACUGACGCUUCAUCGUAUCUCCUGAACACGGACGACUACGGAGUUCGAGUCGGUAGCGAUAGCGAACCGCUGCGAGCUCGGACGCUUCGCGAACCGGACGCGGCGAGCCUCAUAACUAUGCUAGAGGAACGAAAUUCACUACUCGGAGGCGACGACUACGAGUCCGGCAGCGAGUUGUCUGCAAACCUGUGCGAGAUCGAGGAGUCGGACGCGGAGGGCGACCCGGAGCCGGCGGGCGGGCCGGGCGGGCCGGGCGCGCGCCACACGGACGUGUGACGGCGGCGCGCGGCGAGCUGGCCUCGCCCGCACACUGCGCGCGUGCUCUCUCUACUACUGCACUACGUUGCACUCUGCAGAAGGCUGAACUACCUAGUUAUAUUUAAAUUUAGUUAAGACUUACUCUACUGUUUGGAGGUUGCGUAGACGAACUGUAAAACCUUAUGUUUGCCAAAUUCACUAUGGUUCCAACGUUUGUUUAAGUCGCUCGUGACAUAUUAACAGGAUGAGCCCCACUAAUUCUGUACGUGAGUGCUGUGCAUUCGCGGCAAGAACAACUGCGGUUAUAAACGAGCUUAACUAACCAAUAGCUAUUUAAUCUUCCCUGUCUGCCUACAUCAAAGUACCUGUAUCAUAUAAAGGCAGCUCGUUUGUGUUAUGGUAUUGAUCCGAAUACUGACUCCGACGGACUGCUGCAAUUGGGAAUCGUUUCUGUAUAUAUUAUAACGCUUAAUCUGUUGUCAGCUGACUUCACGAAAAGUACACAGUUAUACAAAUAGAUAUAAAACAUGACUUAACUAUCAGUAACUGAUAAUGUACAUAAUAACUUUCAUGUAUAUGUUAGGUAAGACGGAGAAUGGACCGGGACGGGAAGGAUAAGACUUGUACAUAGCGCUAGUAUAUAGUUACGAAUUAGAUAGAACAAGUUGUAAAUAACUGUAAGAAAGUGAUAAAUCGUUCGUUUGUGUUACUUUCCUUUUCUACGAAGAUGUAAACGCGCCGCACGCCGGGAACAAUUUUAUAAGUAUUUAAUACUCUACAAUACAAAGACUACGAUGUGCAAGUGAUGCCGCGGGUGUCGAGUGCCCGGCGGCGGCGGUAGCUAGGACACUUGUGUCGGCGGCGGCCGGCGGGCGCGUCGGCCGGCCGCGCUCUAUGUUAAUGAAAUGGUGCUCCAAUCGUAGUUUCAUAUCAUACUCUAAACUGUGCAUUUAAAAAUCGAGUAGCCGAUGCGUUCUCCUCCUAGAUUAGUGUACUAAAUUAAGGAUCUAUUUUUAUAUAUACAAACAAUAUGGCGCGCGGGCGGGAACUCGUGACCCGCGCCGCUGUCGGCGCGCGCGCGCUCGCGCCUGACGCGCGGCCGCGCACGCGCCCUCUACUUGUCAAAUCUGUAUCUUUUUUUUAUAAAGAAAGGUUUAUAAAAUAAUUUAUUGAAUCGUUGUGUAAAUUUUGACACGACCAAUAAAGACUAACUGAAACGUU